CCUACGGUGUACGGAAUAGUGACCGUGGUGGGUCUUGUCGGGAAUUCGUUAGUGAUUUACAUGUUGUUGGGAUUCACGAAGAUGAAGAACGCUUCGAAUUUUUACGUGCUGAACCUGGCUUUGGCCGACAUUCUCUUCAUGCUCGGGGUGCCCUUCAUCACAGCAUCCUCCUCCAUGCAGAGAUGGGUGUUCGGGAGAGCCAUGUGCAAGAUCGUCCUAUCGACGGACGCCAUGAACAUGUUCAACAGCGUGUUUAACCUGGCCGUGCUGAGCGUGGACCGCUACCUGACCAUCGUCUGCUCCCACAGCCAUGCCCACCUCCGCCGGCCGAAGGUGGCGCUCAUGGUCAGCCUGUCCGUGUGGGUAGCGGCCAUCCUGGUGACCAUCCCCGUCAUCGUAGUCAGCGACACCGCCCCUCUACCAGGAGGAAACUACGACUGCAGAUUCAAUUGGCCUGCCGACAAUCCAUUCUUCUGGCACAAGGCCUUCACGUACUAUACCUUCGUCAUCGGCUUCGUGGUCCCCCUGACCGUGAUCAGUAUUUCCUACCUGAUGGUGGUCCGUCACCUUAAACAGAACACGUCGGCACACACCGCGGUGUCCAGAGUGUCCGUCAGGAUGCGGGUGAAGGUAACCAGAACCGUGACUGCCAUGAUCGUAACGUUCGUGCUAUGCUGGCUACCGUACCGCCUGUGUCAGCUGGUGGCCGCCCUGGCCACGACCAUACCAGAGGCGCUGUGGGUCAUGGUGGUGUUCCAGGCGGCCAUGGCUAUGUCGUACGUGAACAGCUGCGUCAACCCCAUCCUGUACGCCUUCAUGAGCCAGAAGUUUCGCGAGAGCUUUCGGGCGGCGCUGCGUCUGGACCGGGGCAGGCCUGCUGACCAGCGCGCGGCGCGGAGCUACGUCCGCGGGGGAGAAGUCGUCGUCUGUAACGGGCGGCCCGAGAAGAGCGACUUCUUUGACGACGAGAUACGUGAGGUAAAUGAUGUGAAUGCUGCGACAGUUCCAUAUUCAUCUGGUCAAGAAACUUUGUACUUAUAUGAAACGUACGUGUAGAACAAAAACAGCCAUCAGACGUCCAUAAUGUUUUAAAGGCACCCAAUGCAGUUUUAGAGCAUUGAAAUCAGAAAUAUUCUGAAUAAAACAAUCGGCACAAUAUUGCCAUUUACUUCACUAUACUACCACAUAAGAAAUGACUUGAAAUUGAAUUUGA